AGGAAACACAUGAGGUGCAGCUACAUAGCCUAGAUGUAUCUACAAUAGUGCUUAAAAACUCACUUACUAAAAGCCAUCUAAAGCUGCUUUAGGCAAGAGACUCAGGUUCAGUUUUUGAGAGAUUAUGUGAAAUAGCUUCUUUGCAAAAACAGAACAUGAUGAAAUAUAAGACGUUAUCUUUUCCUUUUAGAUCAUGGCUGAUCAACGGGAUGAAGAACAAGUAGAUCAUGUCACUCUCAACAUUGCUGUGACAGGGGAGAGUGGGGUAGGAAAGUCCUCCUUUGUUAACGCCAUCAGAGGUCUUCAAGAUACUGAUGAAGGAGCUGCACCCACUGGAGUCACAGAAACCACCAUGGAGCCCACCAUGUACCCCCACCCAACCAUGCCCAAUGUGAACUUAUGGGACCUGCCAGGUGUAGGGAGCCCAACAUUCAAAGCAGAAACCUACAUGAAAGAUGUCAAAUACCAUAACUAUGACUUUUUUAUCAUAGUAAGUGCAUCAAGAUUCAAGGAGAAUGACAUCAUGUUGGCAAAAGAAAUCAAGAAAAAGAAGAAGAAUUUCUACUUUGUUCACACAAAGACUGAUACUGAUGUAACACAAGAAGAGAGAAAGGGAGUAAGAGAGGAGGCAACACUUCAAAAAAUACGUACCAACUGUCUGGACAAUUUGAGAACAUUGGGACCCCCUCCUGUCUUUCUCAUUACAUCAGAAAACCCGGAAAGGUUUGAUUUCUUGGAAAUGGUAAAGAAUAUAGAGAGAGACCUUCCAGAUAACAAAAGAUAUGCUCUCGUAAUGCAGAACACCAGUUUUUUCUCCAAGGUGGCUAAUUUUUUCAGAGCAAUGUUUUCAAGAAUCUAA